UCUAUGUCCAGAAGCCUGAGCUAAAACCCUCCCCUCGACUGUUAUACAGGAGGAAAAGAAGCAGCAGCCAUUACAAACCCAUUUCCUUCCAUGCUCUUUCAUCCCUACGUCUUUCUUUCGUCUUAGAACACCAUAGAAAAUGGCGGCCUCAAGAUUCUCACUCUUCGGAACUUCAGUCCUCCGCCACCGCACCAACGUUUCUCCAAUUCCUGCAAUUCGACUCUCCUUUUCCCCAUCUCGUUUCACUUGUUCCGCUGCGGUCGAUACUGUUACUGCCGACAGCACAGACUCCCACCACCGCCAUCCCUGGCCCGAAUGGGUGACUUUCAUCGACCGCUUGAAGACCAAAGGUUACUUUAGCGAAGCCCUUCCGGCCUCGGCCGACUACGACGCUGAUAUGAACGUCUUCAAGGAUGCUUGUCUCACCUACGCUCGUGACCGCUUUGACGUUUUCAACUCAUUGUCCAGAAAAGAUAUUCAAACUGUUGUGGAGGGUGGCUGCCCCAACCUUUUUCGAAAAGCUGUUAAUUCAGCAAAAAGGUUGAGAGCAUUUGUGCGAUUAGAUGAAGGAGAUGUAUGUAGUGCCUGCAAUUUGCGAGGAUCAUGUGAUAGAGCCUAUGUGUUGCUAAAGGAAUCUGAAGCAGCUGCCCGUACAGUAGAUAUUGUGCGUAUUUUGUUGUUCUAUGCUCUAGAUCCACUUGUUACUUCAGGAGAGAAACCUCCUGGUAGAGAGCUUGUUGAGGUAUCAGCAAGGAAACUGCUUUCAGAGUUGAUUGAACUGAGCGACACACCUCUUGACCCAGCACUUGCAAAACCUGCUGCCAUACCUCCACGUCGUAAGGAACAACAUAUGAAUCUCACAGAUGAUGAAAUGCCUCAAAAUGUUCAAAUGAAGAAAGGAGAUUGGAUCUGUCCUAACUGCAAUUUCUUGAAUUUUGCUAGAAAUACACAAUGCAUGAAAUGCCGUGAAGAUGGCCCUAAAAGAGAUAGUUUGAAUGUGGUUGAAAUGAAGAAAGGAGAUUGGACCUGUCCUGAAUGUAACUUCAUGAAUUUUUCCAGAAAUAUACGAUGCCUAAAGUGCAGAGCAGAAGGGCCUAAGAGGGUUGAUGCAGCUGAUAUUCCAAUGAAGAAAGGAGAUUGGAAUUGCCCACAGUGUGCGUUCAUGAAUUUUGCUAGCAAAACUGAGUGUUUCCGCUGCAGAGAGCCACGGCCCAAGAGACAGUUAAAUCCUGGAGAAUGGGAAUGCCCCUCAUGUGAUUUCGUGAAUUACAGAAGAAACACUGUCUGCCUGAAGUGCAAUCGUGACCAGCCCAAAGAGGCAGCAACACCAUAUGAAGAGCAUGUAUGGAAGAAGCCUAGUAAUCUUGGAUAAGGGCUAGGUAGUCCCUUUGACAAGCUCAGACACAUCAAUUUAUACAUGGAAAUGGUCAUGAUGAGCUUAUUGCAUGACAUACCUAUCCAGCACAGACCCCCGCCCCUGCCCCCCCACCCCCUGCUGUCUCUCUGUACAAUUGGCGAGAUGGAUUUUUCAGGCUUUCUCAUCUUAUAUUAUUUUGGCUGUUAUGUUUUCAUUUUCUUGUAAGUUUCUUAUUUGCCUAUUCACAGAAGCCAAAAGGCUGGAUUUGGUGGUUGGUGACUGAAGUUCCCAUCAUAUUUAUGGCUUCUCAUGCUAUUUAUGGUAGGGUAGAUCAGAUAUUCACAUAUCAACCAGUUUGAUACCAUAGUCCACAGUGCCCGUUCUGGAGAAUUGCCUUGAAUUUUCUGCAACAUAAGAAGUGUUGGAAGUUGAUAUCCACAGAGAAAGAAGAAAUGAGCAGGUUUUCUCGACAUGUUUUCCCA